AUGGCAAGAGAAAGCGAUGCGCCAAAACACCCUCUCACCCCGCGACGUCCAAACGAUCAGCCCUCGGCUCCGCGCGUACAGGAACCUGAGUUUGGAAAGCCAUCUCCGCUCGGCCAGCCGCAGUCUCGGUCAAACCACCUCUUUAAUGUCCCGAAGUCAAACCAAUCGCGCCCAGAACACCAUCGGCCCGUGUCCACCUCACAGCCGCAAUAUCACAGUUCUCAGAAUGCUGUACCUCAAAGCUAUCGGCCAGCUGCCCCGCCGGGCACCAAUGCCACCCCGUCCGUGAAGCGCAGCGAACCUUGGGAUCCGUUCAAGCCCGUCCGGCCAGCAGACUAUACCAGCCAGAGACCAGUAAUCCCUCCGGGUGCGACUGAAAUCAAGCGUCCCGAGAAUGUCACCUGGACUACCCCCCGCGCCGCCAGAACUAUCUACACGUCGCAGCCGAUACCCCCGAAGAUGUCCAACGCGUCGAAGAAUCUCCAGAAGUUCAUCGACUUGACCAAGGACGACAGCUUCCCGACCGCGAGGCAGACCAAUAAUGCGUCUACCUUCGGUGCUAUGGAUGUGCAUGGAUACGUCGAUUCGGCUAAGGCCAAUGAGAACAUCAAGGCUUUGCUUGAGGGCGCCUUUGAGGAUGAGGAGGAGAAGGAGAAGGCUCGUUCGAGUUCUAAGGGCAAGAAAAAGAACACCAAGAAAAAGACCCAGAAGAAUAAAAAGAGUUCAACCGAAAAGAAGGAGUCCUCCGAUCUUGAUGAUUUGGCCGAUCAGCUCCAGGGAGUCACUGUCAAGGAUCAAAUGGAAUUGAAAGAAAAGAAGGCCGAUGAUGCCCCAACCGCCAAGGAAACAUUUAAACAAGAUAUCGAGGAUAGAGAAGCCGAGGAACAAGACGAGCUCGACGCCGAAGCCGAAGACGAUGAUGAUGAGGAAGAAGAGGACGAUGAUGAAGAAGAUGCUACUGUCGAAGGGCUGAAAGUCCAGCUUCUACCACAUCAGGUUGAGGGCGUGAGAUGGAUGUGCGACAAAGAGACUGGCCGCAGAACAACCAAAGGCAUCUUUCCCAAAGGCGGGAUUCUCGCAGAUGAUAUGGGUUUGGGUAAGACUGUGCAAGCUAUCGCCCUCAUGCUCAGAAACCGCAGACCGAAACACGAACACAGCGAUGAAUCCAACGACAAUGAAGACCAGCCGAAGCUAUCUGCCAAAGUCAGCAAGAGCACCUUGGUGGUGGCCCCUUUAGCCCUCAUCAAGCAAUGGGAAUUUGAAAUUGAUGCCAAAGUGGAAAAGACCCACAAGCUCCGCGUCUGCCUCUAUCAUGGAACCAACCGCGCAAAGACUUCUGGAUCUUUGGACGAUUACGACGUAGUGAUCACUACCUACGGGACUUUGACCUCGGAAUCGGCCACCUCAGCCGCGGACAAGGCAAAAAAGUCCGGUCUCUUUUCCGUGAACUGGUACCGCAUCAUUCUCGACGAAGCUCAUACAAUCAAGAAUCGCAAUGCCAAGGCUACACAGUCAGCUUGCGCCUUGGACGCCGAGUACCGCUGGUGCUUGACCGGAACACCGUUGCAAAACAACCUGGAUGAGCUACAAAGUCUGAUCAAAUUCCUUCGCAUCAAGCCAUAUGAUGACUUGGCAGCCUGGCGGGACCAGAUCAGCAGACCCCUGGCUAAUGGGCGCGGGGGUCUAGCCAUCCAGCGUCUGCAGGUUUACCUGAAAGCCUUCAUGAAGCGACGUACCAAGGACGUCCUGAAACUCAACGCCAAUUUCAAGUCUGAGAAAUCAGAGUCUGGUGAAGAAGAGAAGAAGUCCUCGAAUGGGUUUCAGAUCACCGAACGUGAGGUCAUUAAAGUGGAGGCUGAAUUCAUGCCCGGUGAAUUGAACUUCUAUCAGCGCCUAGAACAACGCACUGAAAACAGCCUUGAUAAGAUGAUGGGCGGUUCCAAACUCGACUAUGCCGGCGCCUUGGUCUUGCUGCUGCGACUUCGCCAAUCCUGCAAUCAUCCUGAUUUGGUUAAGAGUGAUCUGGCCAAGGAUAAGGAUGUUCUACUGCAGAACGGACCCCAACAGAGUCAAGGAAAGCAGGACGAUCUAGAUUCUGUGGCCGAUCUUUUUGGGGCUCUCAGCGUUGUUACAAAGAAGUGCGAUGUGUGCCAGAUGGAGCUCAGCCCGGCGGAAACCCAAAACGGCACUAGUCGGUGCAGCGAGUGCGAGGCUGAUCUGAAGACAGACUUCAUGGGCAAGGCCAAAAAGAAUCACAAGUCGAAGAAGAAGGUGCACAAGCAGGGCAAAGCAGAUUCUGAGGCCCAGCCUGCCCGCUUGCGGAAGAACCGCAGGGUUAUUCUUGACAGUGACGACGAAGAUGAGGCCGAAUGGCUCGUUCCAGAGGACCAGCGUAAGGCACUAAAUCUCGGCAAGACUGGAGGAUCGGAUGACGAGAACGCCGAAGGCGGCGGCGAAUGGUUGAAUUCUGAAGAUUCAGAGACAGAGGAUGAAGUUGAUUCCUCGACUGGCAAGAAGAGCCAAUCGAUCGUUCUGAGCAGCUCCGAGGAAGGAUCUGACUCCAAGAACGAGACCGAUUCUGAAGAAGAUAUCUAUCAAGACCCCGGAGACGGCAGCAACAUACUUCCGUCGACCAAGAUCCGCCAUCUCAUGCGGAUCCUCAACCGCGAAUCCGCCGACCACAAGUUUAUUGUCUUCUCCGUAUUCACCUCGAUGCUCGACAAGGUCGAGCCUUUCUUGAAACGAGCCAAUAUUGGGUUCGCGCGGUACGACGGAGCAAUGCGAAACGACCACCGCGAGGCCAGUUUGAACAAGCUGCGAAACCACAGCGGGACCCGCGUGCUGCUCUGCAGCUUGCGCGCGGGCGCUCUCGGCCUUAAUCUGACUGCGGCCAGUCGCGUUGUGAUUCUCGAGCCCUUCUGGAACCCCUUUGUGGAAGAGCAAGCUAUCGACCGCGUCCACCGUCUAAACCAAACCCUAGACGUGAAAAUCUACAAGAUGAUAGUCAAGGGCACAGUCGAAGAGCGUAUCGUCGAUCUACAGGAGCGCAAGCGCGAGCUCGCCAACGCGACGCUCGAAGGCAAAUCGGCAGCCGGCAAGCUGACCAUGCGCGACAUGAUGGCCCUCUUUGGCCGCGACGCCGAGCACAGCUAUACUAGCAGACAGGACACUCUCGACUUCAAGCAGUCGACCCGCUUGCUGAGCUCGGCGGACGAGCCCCCCGCCGCUGCUCCACCAUCGUCAUCGCUGUCUGAUCUGUCCCGAGAUCAUCGCAAUCGUCCGUAUCAGCAGCCGCACCGGCCUCCUGUGAGACCUGAUAAUUCAGUUUAUGGCCGACGUUGGUGA